UUACCCGGGCGGCAGUAUGCAUCGGUGAAUGUGUUGCUUCCAAGGUUGCUCUGAGUUCCACAUGUGUGUGUGUGUGGGGGGGGAUGGAGUUUUAAUAGUGUAUGCAAUAUUCUUUUGUUCUUUGGCAAAUUGAAAGUGGCUUUUUUAUCGGCGGAGGUGUCCAGGACUCAACAUGUUUGUUUCUUUGAUGCAGAGAUGUUUCCAAACAACCAAGAAAAUUGAGAAAUUGACAUCAUGGUUUCCAAAUGAAUCGAGAAAAAUCACUACCCAUCAUUUAUUAAUGCCUUAUAUGCAAAGAAUUCCCUUGCACCAAAACAUUAAGUGCCUCGAAAGAUCAGCAACUUCCCGAAUUCAGAUGAGCUCUUUUCAUGUGUCCUCUCAAGCAUCCAAGAUGAAGAAAGUACAGGAACCAGAGAAACGUGAAUUAGACUUGAUAAGAUAUGACUUUAAAGAACUGAAGAACAGUCCCAAAGCUGCCCUCUAUCUUGGUUGUGGUGGAUUAAUUCCUUUUGUCUCGGCUCCUCUGAUCAUGGCCAUUACGGAAACAUAUUUCCCUGAAGUAGCUUUUGCCCAAAUAGCAUAUGGAGCAUCAAUACUCUCUUUUCUUGGAGGGGUACGGUGGGGAUUUUCAAUUCCAGAAAACAGCCCUGCAAAACCUGACUGGCUGAAUCUGGGAAACAGUUUGGUUCCUUCUUUACUUGCCUGGAUAGCCCUACUCUUUCAUGACAAUCUCACAGAGGCAGCUAUUUUGGUUAUCAUGGGUCUUGGUAUAGCGUUACAUUAUGACUUAAACUUACUCCCAGGUUAUCCAAAUUGGUUUAGAGCACUUCGAACAGUGCUGACUGUGGUAGCAACAUUCUCUUUGGUUGCUUUAAUAAUAGUAAAAAAUACAUAUCCUGAGAAAAAGUUAGUUUCAAAUGAAAAAUAAAUUUAAAGUGAAGUCAAUAUUAUUGUUUCUUCAAAUUGGGUAACUGUAGAGAAUUUGUCUUCUUAAUUCAAAUAAACGAUCAUGUACAAAAUAAAUCCAGAUGAGAGGAUUAACAAAUAA